CGUGCUGCAAUCUGACCAGGCCAGCUUCAUUAUGUCGCUACUGACGGAUACAAGAGCAAUUCUACUUCUAUUGGUCGUUCUCCCUCUACUGAUCAUAUCGUACCAAGUCAUUUCUGACCCAUUGCGUUCCAUCCCGGGACCUCUCCUUGCAAGAUUCACUAGACUUUGGGAACUGUACCAAGUCAUCAAGGGAGACUUUGAGAAAACGAACAUAAGGCUUCAUCGAAAAUAUGGACCCGUGGUUCGCCUCGCUCCAGGUCGCUACAGCGUCGACGACGAGAGCGCCCUGAAGGUGAUCUAUGGUCUUGGCUCGGGAUUUACGAAAUCGUCCUUCUACACAGCUGCCCAGGAUGUUGACCAGCAUCGCAUCAAUCUGUUCGCAGAACGGGAUCCUCAAGUACAUUUGACCGCUCGACGCAAGGUGGCUUCAUUGUACAGCAUGAGCAAUUUGCUGUCGUACGAGCCAUUCGUCGACCAAAUGAACGAUCUCCUCUGUUCGAAAUUGACUCUUCAUGUCGAGAAAGGAUCUCCUGUCAAUAUACCCACCUGGAUGCAAUACUACGCGUUCGAUGUCAUCGGCGAAAUGACCAUUGGCAAGGCGUUUGGCAUGAUGGAAAGGGGCCACGACUCGAUGGACAUCCUCGAUGCCAUCGACGGAGGAAUUAGACACGCCUCCAGAUUUGGACUGUUUCCAGAGCUGCAUGCUCCAACGAUUCGUGCUAUGAAGCGACUGGGUGUAUCUUCAGAUAUGCAGGGUUUGACUGCGUUUAUUGGAGCGCGCAUCCAAGAACGUGCCGUCGGCAAGACCGAGUCCAAUCGAGAGGACUUUCUCACCAAGACCAUGAAACUCAUCGAUAUGGGCUCAAUAGAUCUCUCGAACCAGUUUGGAGUGAUAGGCGCGAACAUAGCGGCCGGUUCAGAUACCACCGCUGUGAGCCUGUCUGCAGUCAUAUACUACCUGCUCCGCGACCCUGCUUGCGCGCAGAAGCUUCGCAACGAAAUCGACAGCUUUGACCGGGAGGGAAAGCUCUCCGCGCGUGCGACUUUCAAGGAAACUCAGGACAUGCCAUAUCUCCAAGCUGUCAUCAAGGAAGCUCUUCGCAUGCAUCCGGCUACUGGCCAAGUUCUGGAUCGUGUCGUACCUCCGGGCGGCUCUCAAAUCUGCGGCUACUUCUUCCCUGCAGGUACCUGUGUCGGAGCGAAUGCCUGGACAGUGCACCGCAACCAAGGAAUCUGGGGUUUGGACGCCGACAAAUUCCGCCCAGAGCGCUGGCUGGAGUCGUCCAAAGAAGAACUCUCUCGCAUGAACGAAGGCUACAUGCCAUUCGGACUGGGCUCCCGCACAUGCAUCGGCAAGAAUAUCAGCCUGCUGGAGAUGUCCAAGGUCAUCACUCAGCUGUACCGCAGGUUCGAGUUUGACUAUCCGGAUCCUGCUGCUCCGACCGACUGGAAGACGAACAAUGUCUUCUUCGUCAAGCAAAGCUUUGCAUGCAGGGUGAGCCCAAGGGUAUGA